AUGCUAGGCACAAGAACCAUGUUUUGUGUACGGCAAAUGGCACCGACAUAUAGACACCUCAUGCAGCAACCGAUCACUGAUAUGUCUCUGAUCAAUACGUAUCUUCGUCGAUGUCUUGCUCAAGUCGUUGUUGAAAAAAAGACGUUCAAACGUGAUAAACCACAUAUCAACAUUGGAACAAUUGGUCACGUUGAUCAUGGUAAAACAACUCUAACAGCGGCCAUUACUCGAAUUCUCAGCGAAAAAAAACUGGCUAAAGUUAAAAACUACGAAGAUAUUGACAAUGCACCCGAAGAGAAAAAACGUGGUAUUACCAUCAAUGCUGCGCAUAUUGAAUAUUCAACACCCAACCGCCACUAUGGUCAUGUUGAUUGUCCAGGUCAUGCUGAUUAUAUCAAAAAUAUGAUCACAGGCUCGUCACAGAUGGAUGGUGCUAUUUUGGUAGUUGCUGCAACCGAUGGUGUCAUGCCACAAACACGUGAACAUCUUCUCCUUGCUAAACAAAUUGGUAUUGAAAAAAUUGUUGUUUUUAUGAACAAAGCCGACGCAGCUGACAAGGAAAUGCUUGAAUUAGUAGAACUUGAAUUACGAGAACUAUUGACUCAAAUUGGCUUCGAUGGUGAAAAGACACCCAUUAUACCCGGCUCAGCUUUAUAUGCACUUGAAGGCCGAGAACCAAGUUUAGGUAAAGACGCAGUUAUGAAAUUGCUUGACGCUGUCGAUAGUUAUAUACCUGUGCCACCGCGAGCCAAUGAUCAACCAUUCUUAUUACCUAUUGAACAUGUUUAUUCCAUACCAAACAAAGGUACAAUUGUAACUGGGCGUGUUGAACGUGGUGUUGCGAAGAAAGGCGAUGCAAUUGAAGCUGUUGGCCAUAAUAAACUCAGCAAGGGAAUUAUCGGAGGUUUGGAAAUGUUUCACCAAACAGUCGAUCAAGCUCAACCAGGUGAUCAAUUAGGCAUUUUAUUGAAAAAUAUUCGAAAAGAAGAUAUCCGCCGAGGUGUAUUCAUUGGCAAACCUGGUUCAUUGAAAAUGCAUAACAAAUUUGACUGCCAAACAUACUUCUUGUCGAAGGAAGAAGGUGGUCGCGAAGAACCGAUUCCAAAAGAAUUCGCAUUGACAAUGUAUUGUCGAACGUAUGAUAUCGGUGCUAAAGGUGUCGUACCCGAAGGUCGAGAAAUGAUUAUGCCUGGUGAAGAUGCAUCAUUAACAUUAUACUUGAGCAAAAGAAUGGUUUUGGAAAAAGGCGCUCGAUUUACACUACGUGAUGCGGAUAAUAAAACAGUUGGCACUGGUGUUGUAACCAAUUUACAUGCUGAUCCAGCGCCGGAAGAAUUGAAGAAAUUCUGGAAACGAGCAGCUUAG